AUGGCCGAAACCGAGGUGGUGUUUGAGUGCGGCUCACGCGUACCGUUGCCCAGCUUGCCAUCUCCAUUCAUCGCUUUUUUCCGACGAGUCGCUGAGAAAGCACCGGGCUUCAAAACCGUCGUUGAUUGGGAACCACAAUCCUAUUGUGCAUUACAAGCGAUGCAGUUCUUCUCGGGUAAUACUGAUAAUAACCUUCUCGACCUGCACGGUAAGGCUGCGGCCGAUCAUGUACAGAGCAAAGUCGUCAAUGCGUUGAAGGACCACUGCAGCACUGCACAGCCCAACAAGCUGGCCAGAAUUGUUGAGCAGGUCUACGCGUUUGAUGAAUUUCAUAUGUUGGGCGUCGAAAUGAUCGAGUGCUGUCUUGUUCAUCACAUCAAUCUACCUCCAAGCUUGAUACGAACCACUGAGGUCCCGAGGACACCGCUUCGAAGCGCUGAUACUGUUCAACCACAACCGACAUUACUUCAUCAGAGCACUUCACACUUUGCACCUCUUACACACGCCUACUGA